GGUUUUUGGUCAGCGGGCUGACGCCUCAAAAAAAUUAGAAAAAAACCCGCCAAGAGAAAAAAAAACAACAGCAAAGAUUUACUUGAAAUGACUCUCUAAAACAGAAAAUUAUAAUGGCAUCGUCAACAAGUGGACCUUGUGUGAGGGUGAUUAUGCAGCAGUGUUUGUCUGCCAGACUUCAGGUCCAGCCACCCAGUGAUCAGAAACCAGCUGAGUAUGUUGAGAUCAAGAGAGGGGUUAUACUUCAUGUUGCUUUCCUGAAAGGUGCAGCACUGGAUAUCAUACCAAAAGUGGUCAAGGCAGUCUUGAAUGUCAGGUUAAGUGAAACUGACUCAAACAGCAAAGUGUCUGUACUUGAACUACCUGGAGAUGUACUAAUAGUGCCGCAGGCAACAAUAGGUGGAAAACUAAAAGGAAAAAGUAUGCAGUAUCACACAAAUAUUGCAAAGACUGAGGCUCUAGAACUGUACAAGGAGUUUGUUUCUUUAUGCAAUAAAACUGUUUCAGAGGAAGCGAAGAAGGCAGAUUCUGACGUUAGUCCUCAAGUAAAAUGGGGUACUUAUGGGAAUCGACAGGUCCUUAGUAGCUGUACUAAUGGUCCCUAUACACAUGUAUUGGACUUCUAAGCUUCAGGGUUUCUCUUGGAGUCUGUACAAGGUCCUUGUUGAGGUACUUAUGGGAAUCGACAGGUCCUUUGUAGCUGUACUAAUGGUCCCUAUACACAAGGUCCUUCCAGGAUGUUGAAAGCCCUUGUGGAAGCUAUUUGCACCUUAUGGGACAGCACAGAAUAAAAUAAGAGUGAGUGGAACUCUCUAUAAACCUUCUGGAAUAAAUGCCUUUUUAGACUUUAGAGAGCGCUUGUAAGCUUCAGUAUAGUACUUAAUUUUUUGUGUUUUAUCCCUGACAUGUCCUGAAGCAGGCAAUAACGAUAUGGCUCUUAAUACGUCAUGGGAGUUAAGUCACACAAGUCAUUUUGUUCAUUGUCACACGACGGAAUCAAAGAGAUUCUUGGUUGUUUGAAAUUCCCGUCAAAUAAACCUUUAUUUUCGAGUCAAAUGCAUGUUUGUAAAUAGUCGGGCAAGCGGAAUUUAAAUACAAGAGCACAUGCUACCCUGUUCUUGCAGAGUUUUUUUUUUUUUUUUCCUGCCCUCCGCUUACAAGUCGGAAGAAAAAUAUCCUUUGCCCGCUGGGUACUCAGAAGACCGUACUAUAAAACUGUAUAUUUGAAAGAGCGAUAAUUUCUCGAUCUAUGCUACAAAUGCAUACCUUUUGUACAAAUCUAAGUUUCGGGGUUAGAACCAAAAGGAAUUCUGCUGCAAGUAUAAACUGGUGACAUCGAUCCAUGGAGAGGAGGUCAUUGAUGAUCAUACUUCCUAGCAUUUUGAUUGGAUAAAAAUUUAUUACGUCAGAUGAUUUUAUGAAAGGUAAAGAUGUUGUCGUUUAUCGACGGCACCUCCAAUUUUGGAGUUUAAGAAAAACUAAAUGACGUACAAUACACUACUCGGAGAUCGUAUCUAAGAAUAAUGAUUUAUUUGAAUAUGAGGAUAUAAUCUUUUCAAAAGAAAAAUCCAUUUCAUUUUCGCCAACAAUUCCCAACCAAAAAUGAAAAUGACUUUACAAAAACUUGGAAAUUCUAAUCUGUGGUUUAGCUGAAUACAUCUUUCCAUAUCAGCUCUCGUAAGUUGGUGAGAACUUGAAGCUUUAGACUGUCAUAUGUAAAGAUGAGGUACCUUGAAAGCGAAACCAGACAAGUGAUAGACAACUUCCUGUGUAACGUUAGACGAGUACAAAAAUAAUUACGUGAACGUCAUACUAUGCAACGGGCCCUGGCAUGUCCCCCUGGUCUUGCAAACCAGCUCUGCGAAUAGAAAGAAAACAUAAAGCUAAUGAAAUCUUAGACAUCUUUGGGUCCAUUUUUUCCAUGAACUUUCCACUUUUUCAAACCGACCCUGUAAAAUGAAGCAUUGACUUCAAAUUCACCGAGUGGUCAAAAUAAAUCUCGUAUACAUUUUUAAAAAGUAACAAACUCAAAGUGUACGCAGAACUUCGAGUAUCUUCACUGUAAUUUUCACGCAACCUGUAUAAAUAUUUAGUUUCCCUUCCGUUGUGACGCACUGAACUAGACCGCGCCACCCGCACUUUAACACUGAGUAAAAAAUGAUUGGCAUAAAAAAUUGUUAAACUUGACUUAAAGAUCCAACUCAAAGGUUUUUUCUUCGAGAACUUGAUUAUUCGAUGAUGGGAAAAUGUUCCUUUAUUUCGUGGAAAUUUGGUUACUCGCGUCGUUGAUUGAGAUCAAUGAGGUAUGAAUGUCAAAUUCACUCGUCGACUUCGAAUAUCAUUCAGUUUAAAAGCCGGAUGAAAGGACAAAUGGGUUAUUUGGAAAGUUGGGUUUGGAUGGAAUAUUGAUGGAUGAAAAAUGGGUGCAUAGAUCGAUGGAUGGAUAAAUGAAUGUAUGGAUCGAUGGAUGAAAACGGAUCGAUAGAUGGAUGGAUCGAUGGAUGGAUGAAUGAAUGAAUCGAUGGAUGAAUGGAGCGAUGGAUGAAUGCGGAUCGAUAGAUGGAUGGAGAAAUGAGGGAUGGAUGAAUGGAUCGAUGGAUGGAUCAAUCGAUUUUGUAUGGUUAUGUUGAACCAAGAGCCGAACUAUGCAUGCUUGGCAGUGCUGUUGAGGAAGUCGCAUAAGUAUUAUUUUUCAACUGAUCUGUGAGUCCACGAAGAGCUCAUCACUGCGCGACAUGACUUUUUCCCUCCCAAACUAAAAGAAAAAGAAAAUUAAAAAUAUUUAAUCUAUCCAAAACUAGGUGAACUGAUAUGACUUUGAAACUAGAUUCUCUAAAAGAUAACUGAAAAAUUAGAUUUGAAAAAAAAAAACUCUGACGAAGUGAGAAAGAACUUAAGAGGCUUCAUCUCUUGCAAGAGCGAACUAGAAGAAACGACAAAAUGCAUGUUUCAUUCAAAGCCAUUCAUCCACGUUUCCUGUACUUACAGAGCCGUGACUAAAUCAGCAUUACUGAUUAUGUGACACAUCAAACAGGAACAAGGAAGGUAUUUACGUCAGAAUAAACCACGAGUUAAGUU